AAAGUGGAGUGACACGCAAACCGAGGGGCUCUCUCUCUCUCUCUCUCUCUCUCCGUCUUCCACCACCGGAAGGAAGUUCCUCCGCCGCCAUUAGCUGUAACUUGUAAGUGCUGACUGCUGCUUCACCUCUCUUUCCUUUUCAUGUCCACCUCAGGAAUUAAAUGCUCCCAGAUUGGUACACUUAAAUUCUUUGUGACUUAAGGGAACAUUUACAUUUGAUCCUCGAUUUUCUUCUUGAAUUUAUGUUUUUGAUUUUUGAAUUUAUCCUUGAGAGAUAUCAUUCCAAUGACAGAACCACCUACUUUCCUCAACUAUUUAAUUCAAAUUUAUUGAAUAAUGAAAAGUCUGAGUCAUCAUCGUCGACUUUGUCUCACUUCAAACUUACUAGUAGUAUUUGUUUACUUUAUGAUUAGAGAGAAAGAGGGCGUGAUGAGUCUGCGCAGUAUCUCAAGGCGAAAAUGUUGGAAUGCAUAUCUCAUGAUGUUCUCACCCAUCGCUCUCCUCUUGAUCACAUCUUCAUCCAUUUGGUCGCUGCGCCCUCAAAUUCCCGACCUCAAGUCGUCUCCUCCGCCUCCGAGGAGCUCUCCUUAUCACGACUGGGAAUUUUUCAAUGCAGAUUACGAGGAGAUGUUGAGCAAGCUAAGGAUCUACGUGUAUCCUGAUGCCUUGAACGCCAACACUUCAUCAUCUGCUGUAUUUCUCCCCCACCCCGACCCCCUCAAUCCCAAAAUAGGGAACUACUACAGCGAGCACGCCUUUAAGCUGGCGCUGCUGCGGAGUUCCCUCGUCACCCAACGCCCUAACCACGCCCACUUCUUCUUCAUGCCCUUCUCCAUCAACAUGAUGCGCUAUCACCCCCUCCUCCGUUCCGAGUCCUCCAUUUCCACCUUCGUUGCCAACUACGUCACCAAAAUCAGCUCCCAGUCCGCUCACUGGAACGCCUCUGGGGGCGCUGACCACUUCUUCGUCUGCUGCCACUCCGUUGGCCGCGAGGCCACCUCCCAACACUCCGCCCUCCGCAACAAUGCCAUUCAGAUAACUUGCUCCUCCAGCUACUUUCAGAGGCUCUACACCCCGCACAGAGACAUAGCACUGCCUCAAGUCUGGCCUCGACCUGACCACCAAACCCUCAUUCCUCCACAUCAGAGAAGCAAGCACGUCUUCUUCGCCGGUAGAGCUCAGAACUCUGUCGCUCGGCAGGAGGUGUUGCGGUUGUGGGGGAACGAUUCUCUGUUCCGUAUAUUCUCGGGGCAUUCGUCGAUGCCGUACGAGGAAGGUUUCAUGAGAAGCAGAUACUGCCUCCACAUCAAAGGGUACGAGGUGAACACAGCCAGAGUUGUGGAUGCCAUCCACUACGGCUGUGUGCCUCUUCUCAUAUCAAAUUACUACGAUCUUCCAUUUGCUAAUAUUCUGGACUGGAGCAAGUUUUCUAUCAUAGUUAACCAAAAUGAUAUUCCUCAGUUGAAAAACAUCAUAACAUCCGUGCCCGAGCAGACGUACCUUGACCUCUAUCACAACUUGUGCGUGGUUAGGAAGCACUUCAGGUGGUCUGCUGUGCCUCAGAGUCAGAGCUACGACGCCUUCCAUAUGACUGCUUACCAGCUGUGGUUGAGGCGAGGCUUGCACCGCGUCGCUUCAUGACUUGUAUGUGUAAAAACCAUGACAUUUCUUGAUAUUUUUCAUGAUCACCGUGUGCAUUUUCUACAGUGUAUAAAUACAGUCGCAGUGAUAUAAUAACAACACAUGACAAAGA